AUGGUUAUCGAAGAAGUUCGUGCUGGAAAACGGGAAGGAUCAGUCAUCUCCACACAAACAAUUGAUUCACUGUCCACAGAUGAAAGGGAAGCAUGGCGGCAGUUGCGCAAAGAAUUAGAGAAUGUUGGCAUAACACCCGCACUCUUUUCACAGCACAGCUUAUUUAUCGUUACAACGCUUCAGAGAGCUCUUAUCGAAGAAGGCCUAGCAGGGGAUGUGGCUCUUGGUGAUUCUCACAUGACAACAGAAUCAGGUCAGGAAGCGUUAUUGCCAUCUCAUCCGAUUCAAUCCGAAGCAACGGUGCCCAGUGUCAGACUGAUCAACACCUCUGUACAGCAGUCUCCUUCACGAGGGAUGCUCUCUGAGAGAACCUUACCAGAUGAAAUGACCAACAAGGCCAGUUCGAAGGCGGCCAAGAAACCGAACCGCGUGGCUAGAAUAUUAAACAAAUUACUUGUGCCUGAGACAAAAUUUAUGGAUGCUGCUUUACGUGGCGAUGCAAUCUUAGCCAAGCAGCUUCUGAAGAGAGGACCGACUCCAUCCCCAAAGAACUUGGGUCUUGCACUUCACUAUGCCACAAAUUGUGGGCAUGUGGAGGUAGUCAAGCUACUUUUCACGUGCUCUGAUGUUGACGUUAAUUCUAAAAACACUUGGAAACAGACACCACUCUCAUACGCGGCAGAGCGUGGACAUGAGGAGAUGGUCAAACUCUAUUUGACACGUCCUGAUAUUGACAUUAACUCUACCGAUAUCUGUGGACAGACACCACUCUCAUUGGCGGCAGGGCGUGGACAUGAGGCGGUAGUCAAACUCUUUUUGACACGUCCUGAUAUUGACAUUAACUCUACCGAUUUCUUAGGCACGUCCUGA